UGAUAAUCCUUGCAUCAAAAUAAACAAUGACCGUGUUAUGCAAGUUCUGAUUCGGUGUUAUCUAUGUAAAUUGUCAAUGUCACAUUGUACUUGACAUGUUACAGUACCUUGGAGACAUGGGGAACAGUUUGAUCAAAGCUGCAGCUCUAGAUUUUGGCGGACAGUGGGCAUGCUGGGCCGUGGCCGCCGCUUUGCGGACUGAAAAGUUCUAUGACCUAGCAGGUUCUGGAACAUUUCUCCUGUUGGCAUGGCAGAGUCUGAAAUGGGGAAACACGUUCCAUCCCCGACAAAGGGUGGCAACUGGUAUGGUUAUGGCAUGGGCCUGUAGGCUUGGUCUGUACCUGUUCACGAGAGUUCUGAAGGAUGGGAAGGACAGAAGGUUUAACAAUGUGCGUGACAAGCCUGGAGUUUUCCUAGCAUACUGGACUAUUCAGGGAGUUUGGGUGAUGUCCACCCUCCUUCCGGUGCUGAUGCUCAACAGUAAGAAGGAGGACAAGCCCCUCUCCACCAGGGACUACAUUGGCUGGGCGCUCUGGGCUCUGGGCUUCUUCUUUGAGGCUGUAGGAGACUACCAGAAAUCGGUAUUCAGAGCCAAUCCAGACAAUGCUGGAAAGUUUAUUCAACAUGGCCUGUGGAGUCUAUGCCGACAUCCUAACUACUUUGGUGAAAUUCUGAUGUGGACGGGCUUGUAUAUUACAUCAUCGAAAGCCUUGAGUGGACUGGAGCAUAUUAGCAUCAUUUCCCCCAUCUUCUUGUCGUUCCUUCUCACAGAAGUCAGCGGAAUUCCCCUUCUAGAACAAUAUGCCUCCAAGAAAUGGGGUAGCAAUCCCCAGUAUCAGCAGUACCUGAAGAACACUGCUAAACUGGUGCCCUAUAUUUGGUGAAUUCUGUAACCAUGGUAACAGAGAGAUGAGAAUGAUAGUUGUUAUGGUGAUUUGUGUGUAUGUGAUCAAACUAGCAGCAUGCCAUGUCAGGGAAUUAUAGAGUAUUUUGCAAUGUGUGUAUAUGAACAAUGUUUUACAUAUAUAUAUCAGGAGGCAUUACUGGUUCACACUUUAGUUUUUGUUUAUAAAAAGGUUUGACUAGAUAAAUAUAAAUAGCCCUUUGUUUGUGUUUGUAGCUUGAUAUUGUUGAAUUUGUUCGAUUAUUUUUGGACAGAAUAAUAAUAAUUCAGUUUAAGUGCUGAAUUGUUUUUGUUGGCUAAAUUGAACUUCAGUUCAUUUUAUGAAUUAUCAUUAAUUUAGUUAUCUAAAGUUAUCAAAAUUAUCUUUGUUAGCAGUUUUUGUGUGAGAUUUUUGUAGCUGUGUCUUUUAUGUUUAACAACAUCAAAGAGAGAGGUGUUUGGCAAAUAAGAAAAUAUUCUAAGAAAUAAUCUGAAAACUGUAAAUAUAAAAAAAACAGCAUUGUCCUGGGUUGCCUCAUAGCCAGCAUAAAUAUUUUCUAUUGGAAUAAAAUAUUCUGUAAUAAAA